GCGACGGAGUUGCCGAGAGGGGUGGUGAGAAGAGGACGGGAGCGAGAAAGAGAGGCAACCUGGUAGAACGAGAGUGGGACGGAGCGACGGCGAGAGGGAGGUGAGAAAGUGAGAUAGGUGCAUAGACAGACGACCGAGGUACAGUCGCUCGGCCGCGGCGGUAGUGUGCGAGUGCGUGCGAGCGAACGACGUGCGCGGUCGCCGUCGAUCGUCGCGCGGCCGCGGGUGCUGCCAGUGCUCCGUCCGUCGUCGUCGUCGUCGUAGUAUGUAAUUGUCGUUAGUGCAGUGCGGUGUGUGGUGCUGCUGUUUGUCGAGUCCGCGCGACAGUCUGCGCGCCUCAUCGUCGUCCAACGACAACGUUUGCGCUUACCGAUUACGCGCGCACCGAUAAUCGCGCCCUGAUACCAGUCGCAGUUCCAAUAGCGACAGUAGCAACAGCAGCCGCCUCUUGGCCUGAUCGACCGCCCGGCUGCGAGAAUGGCGGGCAGCGGCGUGCCGAUUCUUCUCAUCACUGCGAACGUCGGCAGUAUCUUCGAGGAGCCUAGCGUUAUGCUAAAGAUAUGGACGGAGGAAUUUUUAUCCACUAUAUCGAGGCUGGAUCCGAAAUUCAUAGCACUGCACUGCCAAGAAGUAGGCGGGAAAAAUUACGAGCAGAGUAUGAGGCACGUGGAAGACUUUGUUAGACUGCUUAUGUCGUCGGAAGAAUUAAGGUUGUUUGACAAAAUUAGAGUGUUCCUUGACGAGGAUUAUUCAUCCGCCGAACAUUUCACCGCUUUAGGAAACUUUUACUUCGUGCACGAGUCCUUGAGCGACGUUUUGUUAUGGGAUUUUAACGAAUGUACUUUCACACCGGUAAAUGGGAAGGAAGUUCAUUCGGGUAAUAUAGAAGCAGUUACAACCAAAGAAAAGGCCAAGUUUCCUCAAGAGUUCUUCCCGGAAUGCAAAUGGUCCAGAAAAGGCUUCCUGCGAACGCGAUGGAGUAUUAGUGGAACAGUUUUUGAUCUCAUAAACAUACACUUAUUUCAUGACGCGAGCAAUUUUAUUGCUAUGGAGACGUUCCCGUCGGUAUACAGUAAGACACGCAGAAGAGCGCUGGAGCAUACAUUAGAUAAAUUUCAUAAUGACAAAUAUCCAAAUGCACCGUAUUUUUUAUUUGGUGACUUUAAUUUUAGAACGGACACAUCAAGUGUGAUUAAGAAAUUAACAGAAGAUACUCGAGAAAGAAGGUUAUCGAAUAAGGGAAAUAUUUCGAAGCUUCAGUUUCAUAAUACAGAUGAUGAUCUAAUAUUAACGUUAGGAAAAAAAGAAUUCUCGCAUUAUGAACAUCAAAACGUCUUCAUGAAGAAUAGUGGCGAAUGGUUACGUGAGUAUGACAAAGAGCUAGGAGACUUUGACGGGAGAUUGUUCGAGUUUCCAAUCAGCUUUGUGCCAAGUUACCCGUUUCAAGAAGACGUCAAUGAGCCUGUAAACUACAUGCAAACAAGGGUGCCAGCUUGGUGUGAUCGAGUUUUAUUGAGCCCUACUGCGAAAGCGCUAGUCCAAAAUAUAAAUGAUCCUGAUGCGGUGGAAUACGGUAUAAUCGGCUCGACUACAUGCAUGGGCGACCAUAAGCCAGUCUACUUGAAGGCUAGUCUCAUCUCGGACGCAGGUAUGAUAGACUGCUGCAGCUUGCCAUUUGCACCUGAAUUUUGCUUCCGAGUGCCCAACAAUUACUUGGAGUUGUUGUCCAUGUUGCCUGACAGCCAUAGUUACGCUAACGCGCGAGCAGAUUAUGUUGAUCGUUCGUCUAAUCUGUUGCACGCAGCACCCAUUAAGCAUGAUCCCUACACACCAGAUAGUAUGGACAGUCCGAGUCCGAACGCGCUGUUAGCCACCGGCGAGAUUCCGGACUUAGACGCGGAUCAGAUCUUUGUCGGUGACAACGCGUCCGCGCAGCGAUCGACUCUGACAUCGAUCGGCACGUCGAAACGUAUCGACCGUGCGGUAUCGCCGGCGUUGCUCAAGUCCCGAUUAGAGCUGAUCGUGCAGAAUAAAAAGCAAGAGGACGUGGAUCUGGAGUUGGACGUUUCGGACAUCAAGAGAAGCCCCAGCGAAUGCCACCUGCGUUCCUUGCCGGACGGUGAAGACCGACAAUGGUGCGUGCGGAAGAACAGAUGCAACAGCGACGUGUCGUGGCAGCGCUCCCACGUCUUAACUGAGGCGUGGAUCCGCGGCAAAGGUCAGCAGGGCUAUCACUCCUUCAGUAACUUCGCCAAUCGAUCGUCCUCGAACUCGAGUGCACCGGACAUGGUCGACGGACUGCCACCUGAUCUAAUCAUACCGCGAAUAGCCAUCAUAAACGCGAGCAACUUCGAGUCGAAUGAGAGCUCCGUAUACUUCCACGACGAUAGACUGAGCAAUUACUCGGAUAAUAAGCUGAGCGCCUACUCGGAUGGCCGCACGAAGACAUUGAGCGGCGAAGGCGAGAGUUCGGACAAGUCUGACGACAAGAUGGACGAAGGGAGCAAUAGACUGAGCUCGAGCAACGAGCAAGUGACGGAAAAGGAUGUGUAUCCGAUAAACCAGGACCAGCAGUCGAACAAUGAACGGUACUUCGAGGAGAACAGUAAAAAAUUCAUCGAAGACGAGUGUAACGUGUGCAAGGAAACGAAAUGUCAGAUAGAGGUUCGAGCUCACAUCAUGAAUACGUCUUCUGUUAAAAAUGACAACGCCAUUGAUAGGACGGACGAUAAAUCAACCGUGCGAUAUAACGACGUUCCGGACGAAUCCGGCUUUCGAGACUCGCGGUCCACCAAGACGCUAUUGGAGAAUCGAUCGAGCUCUCAGGCGUUACGGAGGAUACACACGGAGCAAGAUGACGUGGAUCGAACAGAUGCGAAGCUCGUUGACGGCGCGCCGUAUGUGAAGCCCGACGCAGAAACCGGGCAGCUUCUCCAGAAUCAGGAUCGCGACAGCAAUGUGAUAAAGAUAUGCUCAGACGCGCACACGGAUCAUGCGAGACGGCGAGGGAAACGCAAGCGGAGCCGCCGGCGGCCGGGCUGAGGAGGAGCGGCGACGUAUUCAACGGCAUUAACAACAAUAACAACAACGCCGUGACGACGAUAACGAGAUACGUGCACACCAAGCACGCGGACUCGUCGGUGAAGAUCUUCCGGGAAACGACGGUCUGAUAUCGCACUCCUCUCGAUGACGUUUCUUGUCGCAAUGCGUAAGCUGAUGUUCCCGAUCAUCGACAAUUGUUUAACCCUUUCGAUACCGCUCUUUCGUGAACGCCGAGCAAUGGCAUGAAGUGGGAUUCUAGUGAAAAAGCUCAGUUGAUAUCGAAUCAAUUAAGUUUCAAGUCAAAUGGAAAUUUAAUAUAAUUUUUCUCAAUUUAAAUUAAAAGUUGAAUUUGGAUAUCUUGAUUUUAGAAACAUCUCAUCAAACCAAUCUUGAUCUUGUCACUACAUCCAUAUAUAGGCUCUCAGAAGCCCUUGACAUAUCAAUUGAAGGAUACGAAGUACUUACGAUGUACUUUGAGAUGUCAAUAACGGCGAAGAAUACGAAAUUUUCGCCAGCAUUCUCUCCUUUUGCAAAAAUUCGAUAUGUUUCGUGACAAAUUUAAUCAGCCUCAUACAUUUAGUUCCGAUAUAAUUGUUCCUCGAACGAUAUGUUGACAUUAAGAGAAAUUAGCACGUUGACUGCUGCGCUUUUAUCGAUUUCAUCGGUCGAAACUGAACUGAUAAAUGAAUUAUCAAAGAUACGAUAAAUGAAUGUAACUCGAGACGCAUAUAUCUUUUAUCUCAUUGGUUCCUCAUUGGCCGAUUACUCAGAUACAAAAUUCAUUAUAUUUUACGCGAAAUUUAAUGAGACUGUGCCUGUCGUUCAACGUGUUAAAUUUGGAUCUACUUUCGGAGACUUGUACCAUCGAGCGACGAGAUCUCGAGUUUUGCUUUUUAUUUCCCAGGCAGACCGAUGCGAUUUCCCAUGUGUAUCGAAAGGGUUAAACUCGGGACGACCGAGCGCAAGAGUAACCGACGAAUGAACGAGUCGAGUGGAGAUGAAUCUCACGCGGCACGUUUCAGCCGCGACGGUAUUUCAAUCCGAUCCACCGAACGCUGUUCGCGAAAUCGUAGCUACAUUCCACUAGCGUAAUCGAUCGAGGAGGCGAUCUUGCAAGGCCCGAGAUGUCUUACGCGCGAGGUGCUUGAAGCCGCAAAAGCUGCUCGCGCUGCUAUGUAACUCCUCGGCAGUAAGUAACGAAUGGGCUGAGCGAAAAAUCCCGAACGCGACACACGCGUCUCAGGGGAGAUGUCGAGGUCGUUCCGAGCUCUUCUUCGCAGUAUCCCCGGAUGUCUUCUCAGACGUCUGCUCUGAGACCUCUGUGUCGUUUGUGUUAGGAACGCGCCGGAGCGUGAGUUCGCGCGACUCCGCGAAUCACGUUCCGCGAGUGUAAGCGCUUAAUCACGAUGUCGUUAUCAUUUACCGAUCCCUGCAAUAAACCCAAGAGCUUCCUUACUUUUUGCCAAAGGUAUAUUGUACCGUUGUACGCGAUCGCGAAAAUCCUCCCACUCCCUCACUGCCUCCGUUCGCGAUUACACACAGAUGACCAAAGAGAUUUCGUAUAUUUAUUAUAUUAUCUAUAGAUAUAUAUGUAUAUACAUAUACCAUCGAGAAAGACAAUGCAUAUAUUGCCUUCCUCGAUGGUGAUCUUUACACAAUAUAUGAAACGUGUUAUAUAGCCCGACUGUUGUAAUCACAUUGUAUAAAUUUUUAAGUGUGAUCGAUGUGUUUGUUUCGCGACACAAGUCUCCGGGAUCUUCGUACGUUUACCGGUUCUUCGUUCUCAUUACCAGUUCUUCUUAUACUAAGCUGUUUAUUCGUCUUAUCUUCCUUCCGUAACGAAAGUACGUAGGAUGCAAUAAUUUCUCACUCCGGCUGCUUCUUGUGGGUCACUCGAUGCGCGCAAUUCACAGUGCGCGUGAUCCUCUAACUCCGUAAACUGAAAUCCAUAUCACGCUGAGGAUUUGGAGAUUUAUUUGUGUGGGACGAAGAUUUGUUUCGCAGAAGUGAACUUCGUUUCACCGAAAUAAAUUCUAUGUCCCACGAAUAAAUGUUCAAGUAUUUUUUCCUCAGUACAUUCGUUAGGAAGAACGAUAAUUGAGGAGUCGCGAAGUCGAGGAGAAUUGACACUCGCGGGCUCGAGGAGGAACGAAAGGACCGUCGAUACAGAGUACGAAUUGCGUUAUUACAAAUUGAGCAAUAAUUUCCUGAAGGAAUAUAUAUAUAUAUACUUGGGCGAGUCACGCUAUUCCGAGGCUCACUCGGCAUCUCGGUGAGAAGGGAGAAUUAUUUGGAUCUAGUACGCUUCUCUGUGGACAUAUCGGAACGUAUUACUCGAAUAUCUACGUAUAUGUAUGUGUACAUGUAAGUGAUAAACUGAUGUUAACCGAUGUUAACAGAUUAUAGGAUACGGAUGAUCGAGAGAACUUGGUUGUCGAUAGUCUAAGCGAUGCCGCGAUCCGCGCGAGCGCGAACGACGUUAAGAGAUAUUUCUCGCGAGUCUCGUAAAUACACGCGCGACUCGCUGUGCCAAUCCGUUCCAUCUUAGAAUUUUGCACGUUUAAUAAAUAUAAAUGUGAAGGCGCUUGCAAGCGAGGCGAGCCAGACCUUUGAUUUGCGCGACUGAGAGAAUUCCGGAAGUCUCGGGAUACGCACUUUCGUACUUAGAUUCGCAUUUGUGGGCACAGUAUGUCUCGUAGAAUACGGUGCAAGGGCUGACACAUGCCUAUUCCACGAUUAACGAUGAAUAGAUCCGCAUUUAUAUUCGACUCGAAUGUCGUUCCCGCAAACGUCGGGGGAAAUUAAUUAAGAGUCUAAGCGAUUCUUCGCCUCUUUCUAUUUUUAGCUGUAGGGAGAGACGGAGAAUCGAUCACUCUCGAGUCGGUCGGUCGGUCAGUUUGCGGGAACGGAACAGUCCAAAUAUAGUAGUGAUGUUCCGCACGCUGGGGACAGACAGCUCCAACGAUAUCGCACUUCCGUUGACAAUUUAUAGACGUCAUAAACUCGACAUGUCAUCAUUCUCUCUCUCUCUCUGAAAGUGUACGUUGAGAUACUUAUCAUGGCAUUCCACGGAAAUUAGCCGAUACGUUAAUUCAGAUCGAUGUGCUAUUAUCUUUGUAUCGUAGACCUAAGCUAUCUCACGCGCUUGGCUAACAUAGAAAUCGAUAGGACAACCGUUCUGUUUGUUCUCUUUCCCUUUUCUCUCGUUCUCUUCUUCGCGUUGUCGAUUGAGUGCUUCUCAUAGUGUUUCUUAUGAGCGUUUCCACCUCGACAUCCUCCGGAAUUAUUUUUUAGAGAUAAAUCGAAGGAUCGCGCGCGUUAUAUCGGCGAUGUAUAGGCCGAGCUAAAUCGCUCCUCAACACUUGAAUCGCUGAAGACGCGAUCUCCGUUUCUUGGUGCUCCUUGCUGCGAGAAAUUCGAAUACGGAAGGCGGAGGAACGAGUGACGACAAUUUAGCGUUAGGUAUGCGUGUAUAUGCGUGCGAUGGGAACUGUCGAGCCUUCAUUUCGCCAUCGCUUUCGCUAUACGUUGUUGAAUUUUGAUGUAUAUGUUGUUGAAGACAUAUUAUAUAUAUAUAUAUAUAUAUAUAUAUAUAUAUAUAUAUAUAUAUAUAUGUAUAUGUAUAUUAAUAUCUUUCGAUAAAACUUAAUCUUAAGUGUCACACAGUGUGUAAGAUUAGAUAUUGGAAACGAUCGAGACAUCACGAGGAUCUUCCCCGACCUACCUUCGUCCCGGAUCUCAUACGCCUUUCGGCAUAUUUGAGUGUUGUUUACCUCACGGAAUUGACGGGUAAUGCAAUUUACUUCUGUCCAAACGUAACAAUGACGUAACCAAAAUACGCCUGCAAGCAAUACCGAAAUAAUCAGUUUUAAAUAAUGCAUCUCGUUUUCGAGCGGCAUAAUUCUAUACAUAUAUAUUUUUGUCGCACCGGAUAUUCGUUGAAAAGUUUCCAGGGAAAAAGUCUCCAGUUACUCCUGAACCCACUCUCCCUCUCCCUUUUUCUCUUUCUCUCUCUCUCUCUCUCUCUCUCUCUCUCUCUCUCUCUUUGAAUUGUUCUUAAUGUUAGUAUUCCUUAAAUGUAUCUUAUUCUCCCAAGAGCCUCGUACAAUGUUGAGAAUUCUCGUUGAAGAGAGAAUAAUGUCAAUUGCGCGUCGGACAGGUCGUACAAUUCAUCGAGAUAUUCGCGACGAUCGUGUUUUCUGAGACGCGUGAGGGACGUAUGUCGUUUCUCGUAUCUUGGCGAGUGGUUAAUGUUGUACUUUUAUAAACACUUAAGUACUUAUAUUUUGUACUGACGGUAUCUUACGUCUCGCGCGCGCCGAAGCGCAUGAUAACAAAUAAAUAAAUUAUUCGACACGGGAGAGCGGCUAUACAUGUGUAUUGUACGUGUUACAUAUGACUGUCAAUGACUCGUAGGCGCUUAGCAUUGCUGUGACUCGCGAAACAAUGUGAAAAAGAAAGAUAUUUCGUUGAGUAAUCGUCCCGGAAGCUAAAGCGACGCACUUAUUUCAUGUACCAAUGUUGUAGGAGAGGAAAUAAAGUUACGAUUCCAUAAAAAUA